GAUUGCAGCAAAUAGUCAAUUUGGGUAUCUUCACUUACGCGACUCCACCAUGGCCAGUCUUUCGUAAGACGAGGAAAAGACUUCUGUUCACAGUGAACACAAAGACUAUCACGCAAAGAGGAAAAUUUCAACGCGACAGAAGAUGAAGUACACUAGCGCACUCGCAAUUCUCGCACUGCUAAUCGGUGCCGCCAUUGCAGAAGAAAAUGAGUCUGAGAACGUCUACCAACCAGCGAAUGAGAAGCGGACUGAUGAUGACGAAGGGCGAUCAUACUCGAAUUCCCUUUAUUACAACUACUAUGACGAGAUUGCUACCUCCGUGUGCUCAAGCGUGCCAAACAGAUCCGGGAUGCGAUUUGCAGUGCGAAGAAAAUGCCCCAGCACGUCCACCUGCCAGCAGAUCUGUACCGGCGCCAAAGUCACUGCUCAGUUGCAGUGGUCAUGGACGAAACACAUGACGUUUGAUUGUAUUGAGUCACUCCACAUCUACAAGAAUCGCCCCGUCCUGUCGCCCGACAGCAACGCCGACACCGGAAAGAUCGGCCUUCUUGUCUGGCGUUAUCACACGUGUAACAGGGCUAGCUGUGGCCCUAACUACUGUUGCUGUCAGAAGCGCUAAUUUAGUGCCGCAGAUGUGUAAACAUCGAAUAAACAGAAACGAACAUUG